AUGGAACCAGGGGUUGCGCCUACCCAAACACCAUCACCAGCAUCCAACACCACUACCCUACUGGGGAAGUACCAAUUGGGGUGGUUACUGGGACGAGGCAGCUUCGCCAAGGUGUACCAAGCACUGUCAAUAGUUGAUGACACAGUUGUGGCCGUGAAGAUCAUCGACAAGUCCAAAAUCGUCGACGCCGCCAUGGAACCACGAAGAAUCCGAGAGAUCAUGGCCAUGCGUCGCCUCCAGGUUCACCCCAACAUUCUCAAAAUCCUCAAGGUCAUGGCCACCAAGACCAAGAUCAAUCUUGUCAUGGAGCUCGCCACGGGCGAUGAGCUGUUCUCCAAGAUCUCGCGCAGCGGCAAGCUGGCUGGGCCGUCCGCGCGGCGGUACUUCCAGCAGCUGGUAUCGGCGCUGCAUUUCUGCCACCAAAACGGCGUCGCCCACAACGACGUGAAGCCGGCGCUGCAUUUCUGCCACCAAAAUGGCACAGCGUCGCCCACAGCGACAUGA